GGCUCCGGCCCAGACUCCGUGAAGCUGCGCGGGGCCAACAAAGCCAAUGGGGGGGAUCUCCAGAAAGUGAGCAUGUGAAAGGAGAAGAAGAGGAGUGAGUUUCUAACCCUCUCCCUCCCUGACAUGCGAGAAGUGCAGGAUGCUCUCCUCAGACCGGGACUCUGCGGAGGACACGACGGCCAGCGCUCCCAUUGAUGCUGAGGGAGAGGAGCAGGUGGAGCAGGAGGAGCAGGAGGAGCAGGAGGAGGAAGAUCGAGAGACUGGGAGUGAUGCACUGGAGGAGCAGCGUCCAGUGCAGCAGUCCCUGGGUGCUUGUGUCUGCCGGGAGUCCCAAUGGCGCUGCCUGCUGCUCUCCCUGCUCAUGUACAGCUGUGUGGGCGUGGUGGCCUGGUGUCGGCUCACCCGGGUCACCAAGAUCAGCUUCAACACUGCCCUCACCUCCUCCUUCACGGCCUCCUUCACCUCCUCCAUGCGGGGGGCGUCUGGAAUGGGGGGCGUCGGAGGCCACUCGAUGAUCUACCACGACAGCCCCUGCUCUGACGGCUACAUCUACAUCCCCCUGGCCUUCCUGCUCAUGCUCUAUGUGCUGUACAUGGUGGAGUGCUGGCACUGCAGAGCCAGGAGCGACCUGCAGUGCAAGGCGGACGUGGACAGCGUGUACGAGCGCGUGCUGCGGAUGCGGGCGGCCCAGCCCUGCAUCUGGUGGAAGGCCAUCAGCUACCACUUUGUGCGGCGGACUCGGCAGGUCACGCGAUACCGCAACGGGGACGCCUACACCACCACGCAGGUGUACCACGAGAGGGUCAACACACAUGUGGCAGAAGGAGAGUUUGACUACAGCCAUUGUGGGAUGAAGGAUGUAUCGCGUGACCUCAGUGGCCUGGAGGGACAUCCGGCCGCUCGCCUGCGCUUCACCAAGUGUUUCAGCUUCACAGAGGCGGGUCCAGAAAACGAUUACCUCAACCAGAGAGCCAGGUUCUUCUCUGAAAUCGAGGGGUUGGACGAUUACAUGGAGGCCAGGGAGGGGAUGCAGCUGAAGAACGUGGACUUCAGAGAAAACCUGAUCGCCUUUGUGGACCCAGAUAGGAUGCCCUGGUACACUUCCCAUGUUGCCUUCUGGCUCGCAGCUCUCGUCAUGCUGUCCUGGCCUCUGAGGGUGCUCAUAGAGUACCGCACUUCUUACGUGCACUACCGCAUAGAAAAACUAUUUGGGUUAGAGUACAGCGGCCCGUCGCCUCUGGAUGAGGACAGGCCGGUGGGGAGUAAUAUCACUUGUGCGAUUCCCCGAGUAGACACACUGGACAGCACUGAGAUGGAGUGGCACAUCCGCUGCAACCGCCAGGUGAUCCCCAGCUACUCAGAGGCCAUGCUGAUAAACAUGAGCACAGCCGACUCUAACUCACCGCAUGACACUGAGUGCACCUCAUCCUCCAACGGCUUCCUGUUGGACAGCAGCCAGGCAGCUCAGAACUACGGUGCUCUCCAGAGCCAGGACGAGUGCGGGCGAAGCAGCGAGCCGCCGGCACAAGGAAGCGAGGCAGGCAGGAGGAGGACCAUCACCAGCUCCAGCUGCUCCUCCAUCUUCUCCUGCCGGGGAGCACUGUUCCAGUCCCACCUCUCCUCGGACACGUCUCGCCUGUCCCUCUGCCGCAUGUAUGGCUCCCAUCGCACCGUGGCGCUGUGGAGGAGCCACAGCAGCAACCUGACGGACCCCUGCUGUGUGGACGAGCAGUGCUGCAGGUCCGACUCCAGCCAGCUGGCCCUCAGCGACAGUCCACCCACAUACAGAGACGCUAGUUUCUUCCCAGUUCUCAUUGUGCAUCGGUCAGAGGGCUGUGGCAGCGAGGAUGGGAGGGAGGUGAGGCGUUAUUACAUACGGAGAGGGUCGUCCUGUGUGGAGACGUCUCUGUGAAGGACAAAAAGAGGUUGACAGGUCAAGAUUGAUCAGUAACAAUGGACAGAGUCAAUAUUUGAUUGACAAAAUUACAUUAAUGACAACAUAUGGAGAAAGUCUGUAUUCUACUGUAAAUAUAAAGCUGCAGAUUUGAUGUAUCGAAAAGCACUGGGACAUUCUCACCUUAACACAUCCUCCUUGUAACAACAACAUUCACAUUGUGUCUGUGUGUGUGUGUGUGUGUGUGUGUGAGUACACAUUUUUGUUACCUCUUGAGGACCUCUUCCAAUAUUAACACUGACCUUGCCUGGUCCUGAUGACGCAAACACAAUUCCUGAAGUCCUGGUUAAGGUUAGGAGUAAGAUGUGAAUUGUGGUUAGUGUCUUAAAAACCAUUUACCAUGUUGUGGACGGUCACAGUUGACCCAUAAGAUUACGUUGUAGCCACUGUGAACGUGUUUCAGCUGCUGGUGUUGGCAAUCUACUGGAACAAUUCCAAAGGUUUUAGUCAGUACCAUUAAUUUACAAACCAAAUUUAUAAACAUAGGACCAAGAAAAUACCGGAAUUCCCUUUUAAAGUUAGAAGUAUGAGUUUGACAUGGUUACAGUUAGGAUAAGGCUUUGAUUUGACUGUUAGAUGGCCCUCAAUGAAUGGAAGUCAAUGCAAGGUCCUAAUGAGGAUAGCUGCGCAAAUGUGUGCCUGUGCGCAUGUGUGCGUUUGUGUAGGCUGAGGGUAUUUGACACAUGACACUGCAUGAUCUAAUCAUAUUCAAAAAUAAAGGUAAAGAAAUCUUCACCAGUUCUUAUAUGUGGUAAAUACAUUCGAUACAUUAAUGAGAACAAUAAAUGAAACGAAAAGAAAAGUUGCAUGUCUUUACCAAAGGUAUUGUGUUUUGGUUUAUUGAUUAACAGCAAGGUGAAACCAAAGACACGUGUAUUCUGCUUUUAGUUUUUUUCAUAGAACAUUUUUAAUUAACACAACAAAGCAUUAAACCCAUGAGACAUAUGUGAACGUGUGGUGAAUGUAUAACUACAGGAAAUAAAAGUGGUUCUGAAGGACCGUUGCAUAUUCAA